AUGCUAUCAAACCAACGCCAACGCCAACAACAACAACAGCAUCAUUCAUUACAACAGGCAUCAAAAAUUACCAAUAUGUUUAAACAGCCAAUUUUAGGUACUUUAUCGCCUGAUACAACAGUUACAACUUCAAGUGGUUAUUCAACAGGUGGCUCGUCUGUAUCAACUACAAUAAAUCUGUCCCCGAAAAAAUCAUCAGUAUUAAUUGCCCGAAAGCAACAGCAUAAGACCAAAUCAAAGGGUCUUCAUAAUCUUUUAACCAAGCUGAAAAAUCUUCUUGUACCAUCAAAAACAAAACCUAUUAUUAAUUCGAAAACAAUGAGAUCAACAAACUCAAGGCAAAUAUCAUCGACAAAUAUUCUUCGUCAAUAUCAUCAACAAGCAGCCAUCUAUGAUGUGAUUCCACCACCACCACUGACACUACCAGCAUCAUCAUCAUUAGUAACAAAUAAUACGAUUUCAUUACCAUUUACUUACUAUCAUGAUUCACCAAUUCAACAACCAAGAACAAAUUUUGAAAAAAUUUCUGCAUGGCUUGAUCAUACAGAAAAAAUGACGCAAAAUGAGCAAGUCAAUAUUAAUAGUUUGUCAUUUAUCGAUGGAAGUCAACAACUAUCAACAUCAUCAUCAACUGCGGAAAUCGACAAUAAAGGUGCAUCUGUGUAUGUUUUAGCAAUUACUGUCGUCAUGAAAAAAACUCCAACGAAUAUCAAACCACCUAAACGAAGUUCAUCAUUAGUAACACGAAUAACUCGACCUAUCAUCGAACAACAAGUACAACAUUCGAUUUCUCCAUCAUCAUCAUUUGCUUCAUCGAUUCUUACAAAAGGAAUGACGGAAAGAAUGACACCAUCACCAACAACACCGCGAAAAACUGAGAGUCAAUCUUCGAAAUCGAAUCGUCGUCGUACAAUUGAUUUUUCACGUCGACGAUCAGUUGCUGAUACAACAAAUAGACAAAAAUCAAAUAAAGAAAAUCUUCCAAUAAAACAACAAGAAAAAUCUUUACAAGGUGUUUAUCAAUUUUCUCCCUCAUCAUCAAAUAAUAAAAUUGAAAAUCAUGCUCCAUCAUCAAAACAUGUUUCGACAAAAAAAUAUUUUUUUCAUUCAAAUUCAACAAAAACACCAAAUGAAGAUCUAUUAAAUAAUUCGUACGGUUUAACACUUCUUAGCCAACAGCAACAACAACCAACUCCACUUCAGCAACGACAUUCAGUAGCUGCUGUACUUAUGUUAUCGCAAGUUCCUAAUCAUAUUUCAUUACAGAAACAAUCGAAUUCUCGAGUACCUAAUCAUCAAUAUACAGUUGAUUCUCUCGAUGAUUUAUUAUGUGAUCGUGAAGUUGAAAGUUAUUUCUAUCCAACAUCUUCUCCAUCUGAACAUAUUUAUAUGAAUUUAGAAAAUUCAUGUGACUCAUAUCCAACAUCAUUAUCUUGUAUCCAUGGUACUUUAUGUUAA